AUGGCAACCCCCGCCCUAAACAGCUCGUCCCAGCGAGGGAUCUCGGAGGCCUCCGGGAACUGUGUACCACUCACGGAGCUGCUGAGGGGACAGGGUCGCACGACCACGCUGCUGCUGCUGGCGCGAGCCACCACCGGAGCCACUCCUCUGCAAAGACCCGCGACCAGCUCCACCGCCACCCCCACCGCCUCCACCGCCUCCGCUGCCUCCACUGCCGCCGCCGCCUCCACCGCCUCCUCCACCGCCGCCUCCUCCGCCACCUCCGCUACCACCGCCACCGCCGCCGCGGCCUCCGCCUCCCACUGCCGCCACCGAACCCCCCACCCCCACUUCCACCUCCACCGCUACCCCCACUCCCCCCACUGCCUCCACCUCCACCUCCACCGCCCGCUCCUCCAGCUCCCUUGCCCCCCUUGCCCUUGCCAGGGCGGCGUCUCCCGCUAG